AUGGCUUCACCUCGGGCAUUGAAGUUAGUUCUUUUCCUCUCAUUUUCCUUUAUUGCCCUCAACUUCUGUGUUGUUCCCAUUAAUUCCCUCAACGUUGGCAUUCAAGCAAAUGCAGGACUGUCUCUGGUUGCACCUCCAUUUCUGAGGUAUGGGAAGUACUGUGGGCUGCUGUAUGGAGGAUGCCCAGGGGAGAAGCCAUGCGAUGGGCUUGACGCAUGUUGUAUGAAGCAUGACGCCUGCAUUCAAGCUAAGAACAAUGAGUAUCUCAGUCAAGAGUGCAGCCAGAGCUUUUUGAACUGCAUAGCAAGGUUCAAGAGAUCAGGAGGCCAGACUUUUAAAGGAAACACAUGCUCAGUUGAUGAGCUUGUUAAAGUUAUGACCACUGUCAUGAAUGCUGCUUUGCUUGCUGGAAGAGUUCUUCACAAACCUUAG